AAAUUAUUCUUGUUAUUUUUACAGCCGCUUUUCACGAGGCUAAGUUAAUUCAAUAUUUUAUUUUUGAUUCGAGAAGGAUAGCGAUUAUAGAUUUGCAGAAAACGGUCUGGAAUAGCAGCAUCACAAUGUUGAAAUUGGCGGUGCUCCUACUACUGACCGCCCUACAUCUGGACGUGGGUUACGGGCAGCCUCAAUUGAUAAAAGAACCGAAUGUAUUGACUCCGCCAUAUUUUAACAUCGCUACAGGAAAGAAAAUUGAAUCGACUGCGACAUGUGGUGAAGUCGAACCCCACGUAUUUUGCAAACUAACUGGCGGACCAAACGAAUAUGGAUACAAUGGAAAUCUAUAUCAGGGACAGUUCUGUGACGAAUGCGACAUGCAAAACCCCACUAAAUCUCACCCCAUCAAAUACGCAAUCGAUGGAACUGAGAAAUGGUGGCAGAGUCCUCCGUUGUCACAAGGAAGUGAAUACAACAAAAUUAACAUCACAAUUCAUCUUGGACAGGUUUUCCACGUCGCAUAUGCCAUCAUCAAGUUCGCCAAUUCUCCACGUGCCGGUACCUGGGUUUUGGAACGAUCGUCUGAUCACGGAAAAACAUUCCAACCAUGGCAGUAUUUUGCUAACAGUGACAGUGAUUGUCACAAUCUGUUUGGUAUCGAUGCUUUUGAAGAAAUUACUAGCGAUGAUAGCGUCAUGUGUACAUCAGAAUACUCGGACGUUGUUCCAUUGGAACGCGGCGAGGUAAUUGUUUCUAUCAUCAAUCGGCGUCCUGGCGCAAAGAAUUUCUCGCAUUCCCCAGUUCUUCAAGAAUGGAGCAAGGCUACUGACGUGAGACUGCGUCUUCUGCGCACCAAAACACUUCUCGGACACUUGAUGGCAGUUCAGAGACAAGAUCCCACUGUGACUAGAAGAUAUUUCUACAGUAUCAAAGAUAUUAGCAUUGGUGGAAGAUGUGUCUGCAACGGCCACGCUGAUACUUGCUUGCCAGAUCCCGAUGAUAGAUACAAGCUUAAAUGCGAAUGCCGACACAACACAUGUGGAGAUAGCUGCGAGUAUUGUUGUCCCGGUUUUGUACAGAAAGAAUGGAAAGCUGCUGUUCCAGAAAGUGCAAAUCAAUGCGAACGAUGCAAUUGCCACGGCCACAGCACUGAAUGCGAUUUCGACGAGCAAGUCGCGAUAAGAAGACAAUCUCUUGAUUUGGAUGGCAAUUACGAAGGAGGUGGUGUCUGCAAAAACUGCCUUCAUAACACUGCUGGAAUCAACUGCGAGAAGUGUGCUGAUGGUUUCUACAGACCUGCUAAUGUUGACCCAAGACAUCCUGAGGGAUGCAGACCUUGUGAUUGUGAUAGCGCAUUCACUGUUGGUACAUGCGAACCAGUGACUGGACGAUGCUACUGUAAGCCCAAGUACGCAGGAGACAGAUGUGAUAAAUGUGCACCUGGGUAUCACAUGUUCCCAGAAUGCGAACAAUUCGGAGAUAAUGUCUGUCCCUGCUUUUACAAUGGUACCAGAGAUGGAAUCUGCUUGCCAGAGAAUGAUAUUUGUCCAUGCAAGUACAAUUUUGCUGGAAAAUAUUGCAGUGAAUGUGCCGCUGGAUUUUAUAACUUCCCAGAAUGUACACCCUGCACUUGUCUUGGUCAAGGAGCAAUUAGCGAUAUUUGCGACCCAUACAGCGGACAGUGUACUUGUGAUGAGGGAUUCGGGGGAUUAUAUUGUGACCAGUGUGCAGCAGGGUACUACAAAUAUCCGCUUUGUCAAACAUGUGCUUGCUACACAGCUUUUACUACCUCAGAUAUUUGUGAUCCUGAUACUGGAAAGUGUUUCUGUACUGAGUUGGUGACUGGAGAAUCAUGCAAUCGCUGUUUACCUGGUUAUUACGACUUCCCACAAUGCAAAGAAUGUGAAUGCUCAAGCCCUGGAAGUGCAAGUACCAUGUGUGAUCAGGAGAGUGGAAAAUGCCAAUGCAAACCUAACUUUCAAGGACCUAAAUGUGAACAAUGUGCACCAGAAUAUUACAACUAUCCGAACUGCAUCCCAUGUGACUGUGACGUACAAGGAUCUCAACGAACGACUUGUGAUGUGGUGACUGGCCAAUGUACCUGCUUCCGAUAUAUUGGUGGACGUCGUUGUGACCAAUGUGCACCCGAUUACUUCAACUUCCCUCGAUGUGAAGACUGUAAAUGUGAUCCAAGAGGGAUCAAGUCUGUUGUACCAGGCGUCUGUCUUGCUUUCACCACCGGCCAAUGCGAUUGCAAAGAGAAUGUUGUUGGAAAGUAUUGUAAUGAAUGCAGUCCCCUGCAUUAUAACUUAACACUCGGAUGUGUUGAUUGUAACUGCUUUCUCCAGGGAACACUCGAUGGUGUUGCUGCCUGCGAUACAGAGUUUGGUGAUUGCUGGUGCAAACCCUAUACAUGCACUCAAAGAUGCUCUCAGUGCGAUGAUGGAUUUUUUGGACUUGAGGAAAGCCAUUACUUUGGUUGUACUGGAUGUCAGUGUGAUGCUGGUGGUGCAAUGACAGAGGAUUGUGACACAGUAGAUGGGCAAUGUCGUUGUAAAGAAGGAGUAACAGGCAGAAAAUGUGAUAGUGUUGCUGAAGGCUACUACUACCCAACUCUACUUCAGCAUAGAUUUGAGGUUGAAGAUGGCAAAACAACUGAAGACCAAAUCUUGCGUUUUGGUUUCAAUCGAGAACAUUUUCCAACUUUCAGUAUGAAAGGUUAUGGAGAAUUUUCUCUUGUCCAGCCAAGAGCUGUGUUGGAUCUGACUAUAACACAGAACAGCUUGUAUAAAAUACUGAUGUACUAUGUCAACCCUCAUUCAUGGGUUCUUUCUUCCACUAUUUCCUUUGUUCCGAAAACUUCUACUGAUGAUGACAGUGACGCAGAACCUCUAUGCCCCAAUUGUUCGGAGCAAAAAUUUAUUGUUGAUUUUGAACCAAGUCAAAGUCCAGCUUUGAUGACUGCUAACAGCGUAUUUGUUCUUAAUCGUGGAGAAUGGAACAUCAAUAUUGAAGGCGAACCAGGACUUCUCAUUGACUACAUUGUUCUUCUGCCAUCUGAAUACUAUGAACCGGGAAUUCUUCAAGCUAAAAUCACAGAACCUUGUGAGCCAACACUAACUCAAACAGGAAAAGAUUGUCUCAUGUACACACACAUACCACUCACUGGAACUCCUCAGGCUGCAGCCAUGGCCUUCGCUGAGCAAGCACAACAUGAUUCUCCUACAACUGCACACCCAACUAUGGUUUUACUUGAUGGAAACAAAAAAGGUGAUAAUCACCAUACAGUGUCCAUGACUUUGAAUGAUGUAGACAGCGCAGGAAAAUACGUUCUUGUUCUUGAAUAUGCAAGUACUGGAGACAGAAUGAAAACUGUCGAUGCCACAGUUACAGAUUUAGCAGGAAACACAUUUUCUGAUGUGAAAUUCAAUAUCUACUCGUGCGAGUAUCUUUUCCUUUGUCGGCAAGUUGCACUCACACCUUUGAGUGAUGUCAUGGUCUUUGAUAUUUCUGUCCCAAAUAUCCAAGUGGACCUGAGCGUUGGUGCUGGUGAUGUUGUUUAUGUGAGUCGUGUUCAUGCAAUUCCAUAUGAAAAAUGGACAAUGGAAUAUGUGGAACCUAAAAGAAAGUGCAUCACUAAAGAAGGACCCGAAUUUGAUGAAUGCACUGCUUGGGCUUAUCCAACUUCUGCUACUGGACACAAGAUUGAAGUAGGAGGUGGUGAUUCUGUUCCUCCUACUGAAACUACUGGGGAAGUUGAUACUGUCUUAGUUGGUGGUGAAGACAACACUAUAGAGAUUGACAUGGAUCUUGAUCCUGGCCGAUAUGUAUUUUUACUUCACUAUUUCAACCCCAACCAUGUAUCAUUCUCACCUAAUAUUAUCAUCUCUGAUGGCGGUCUUACACAUGAAGGAACUGCAAAUGUUACCUUUUGUCCAAGCGGAGAUGGAUGCAGAGGCGUUGUUAUAUCUAACAAUGGAGCUGUGGUUAUUGAUAUUACCAACCGACCACAAACAAUGACAAUUAAAGUGCCAGCAGACAAAGCUUUCUGGUUGGAUUACAUUCUUGCCAUACCAGAGGAGUCUUAUAACGCUGAUCAACUUGACUUAAAACCAGUUGAUCAUUCAAGAAAAUUCUUUGAUGAAUGUUAUGGAGUAGGAACUGAAGGAUUGAUUGACUCUGCAACAACUCCAACAGACUUUUGUCGCAAGGCAGUGUUCUCAUUAACUAUGGACUUCAAUGAUGGAGCUUUACCAUGUGAUUGCUCUGGUGCUGGCACAGUUGGCGGUGGAGAUGUAGAUUGUGAGGACUAUGGUGGUCAAUGCCCUUGCAAGCCAAAUGUAAUUGGAAGAAAAUGUGACAGGUGUAUGAUAGGAUUCUAUGGAUUCCCAGAUUGCAAACCGUGCGAUUGUGAUGGUGCAUUAUGUGAUGAGAUCAAUGGAAACUGCAUCUGUCCACCCAACACUGUUUCCCCAUCUUGUGAUCAAUGCCUUCCUUUUACACAUUCCUUCCAUCCUCUUGCUGGAUGUGUUGCAUGCGAUUGCCAUUCUCAAGGGGUAGAAAAUGCAACUGACCUUGGAUGUAGCAAGGAUGAUGGUCAAUGCAGAUGCAGAGAAAAUGUUGAAGGACUAAGAUGUGACAAAUGUAAAGCAGGAUUUUUUGGAUUCCCUGAUUGUAGCCCUUGCGUUUGUGAUACACGUGGAAGCAUCUCAGAAACAUGCGAUCCAGCCAGUGGACAAUGUUUAUGCAAAGAAAAUGUAGAAGGACAACAAUGUGAUAGAUGUAAAAUGGGUACUUUCUAUCUGAAUGAACAAAAUCCUCUCGGAUGCACAAAAUGCUUCUGUUUUGGAGCCACAGUUGAAUGUAGCAGCACUCGAUACCCCAUGGAGGAAAUUAUUGAUAUGGAAGGCUGGCGGCUUUUGAAUUUGAAAACAGAUACACCAGAAAUUCAGAGUGAUGGUAACACUCUUACCGUGGAUAUCUAUGAAAAUGGAGGAGCUAAAGAACCUGCCAGAACCAACUUGUAUUGGGCUGCACCAAAAGCAUAUCUGAAUGACCAAAUUGGAUCCUAUGGUGGCGUUUUACACUUCAUUACCACUUCAGAACAAGGUGGACGAGGAGACAGCACUGGUACAUUUGUUUCGGUCGCCGGAGAUCAACCUGCUCCUCUAACUGCUCCAAAUCCAACAGUCAUUUUGGAGGGCAAUGGUAUGAUUGUUGGCUGGAUAAACAGAAACAAACAGAAUGGAGAAUCAGUAUUCCUCAACUUGACUGAAUCAAAUUUUGUUCAUCAAAGCACUGGAAACCCUGUGAAACGUGAAGAAAUGAUGAUGGUUCUUAGUCCUUUGUCAAAAUUGCGUAUCCAUGCUACUGAUGAUCCAGAUGCAGCCAUCGUCAGGCUUUCGGAUGUUAGUAUGUCAACUACUGAUUAUGAUGCUGAACUCGGAUCAGGUCCAACUAUACCAACCGUUGAGGAAUGUCGCUGCCCCAAAGGAUACACUGGAGAGUCUUGCCAAUUGUGUGAUAGUGGACAUUUUAGAGAAAAUCGUGGACCUUAUUUGGGUUAUUGUGCAGAGUGCCAUUGUUAUGGACAUUGUGAAACUUGUGAUGAACAUGGUGAAUUGAUUGACAAGAAGGAUUGUCUUCAUAAUACGGCCGGUGAAAAUUGUGAAAAAUGUAAAGAUGGAUACAUUGGAGAUGCAACUACUGGAGAUCCAGAUGCUUGCCAGCCUUGUCCAUGUCCAUUCCCAUCAGAAGAUGGAAAUUUCGCAGAGUCUUGUGAAUAUGAUGAAGAUGGUGAUGUUGUCUGUCACUGCCAGAUUGGUUACACAGGAGAAAAGUGCGACCAGUGUGCUCUAGGAUAUUUUGGAAACCCAUCAGUUAUCGGUGGAGAUUGUAAACAGUGCAAUUGCCAUGGAAACCUUGAUUUUAACUUGGUGAUGGAAAUUUGCAAUCCGAUAAGUGGUGAAUGCAAAGACUGCUUGUACAAUACUGGUGGAAAAUACUGUGAAAGAUGUGCAGAUGGCUUUUUUGGAGAUGCCAAAAUUGCCAAGAACUGUACCAAAUGUCCAUGCAAUGAAUGUGGUACUCUGCAAUGUGAUCAUACAUAUGGAUUCUGUGCUUGCAAGCCUCAUGUUAUUGGUAUCUCAUGUAACCGUUGUGAGCCAGGAUAUUACAAUUUGGAUUCCUGCAUUGGUUGUCAAGACUGCAGCUGUGGAAUUGGUGCUAGAAACAAUGAGUGUGAUACUGUGACUGGAGCAUGUGAAUGUGCACCAAAUGUUGUCGGACUGAAAUGUGACAAAUGUGCACCAGGGCACUGGGACUACUCAUCCAUGGGAUGCAAACCCUGCAAUUGUCGAAACAAUGGAGAUUGUAAUCCGGUCAAUGGCGAAUGCAAAUGUCCACCAGGAAUCACUGGCCCUCAAUGCGACCAAUGCAAACUGGAACGUCACAUUCUACCACCAGGCGGUCUUCAAUGUGAAAGCUGUGACACCUGUACACAUGAUCUUCUUGACACCAUUGAGCCAAUGACGGAAAAAGUAGUUAGCGCCAGUCUUAAGUUGUCAAAAGUAUCAGUUGGAGUUGCAGCAGCAAAAAGACUUGAAGAUUUCGCAGACCGCUCUGAGGAUGUCGAAGAUCGUAUUUCUGAGACAGAACAACAUAUGAAUGACAUUAGUGAUGAUGCUGAUAAGCUUUUGAAUGCCGAAAUUAAUGAUUUGAAUGAUAUGAUAAUGUCUGAAGAGGAUGAGGAGGCAUCAGGUUUACCUGCACCUAUUGUCGAUUCUUCUUCCAAGGAACAAGACUCUUACAUUGCGCUUAAAUCUGCUGUAGGAAAAACUGAACUUGCAGUUGCUGCUAUGUGCAAUAAAACUGAGGCACUUCAAGAAAGCAUUGAAAAGACUAGUGGAAGAAUGUUAAGAUUAGAUGCCAAUGCCACUGAUAUUAAUGAUGAAAUCGGUGGGUUUUCAACAGAUUCAAAAGAUCUUCUUGAAAAGAUUCCAGACAUGUUUAUGGAAGAAGGAUCAGCUUAUGAGCUUAAGGAAGAUGCUUCAGGAGACAAUGACGAAUAUCUUCAAAAAUUAUAUGACGCUGAAAUGUUGUUAACAAGAAUGAAGAUGAGAGUAUUUAAACCUAUGAAGAAGGUCGCUGAUGCUGAACUAGCUCAAGCAGAAGAAUUAUUUGGACUCGUAAACAUCAACUUCACUCUGCCUUCCGAGGAUUUGGAUCAAAGAGUUGGAAACGUUAGUCAAGAUCUCGGUGACAAAUUGGCCAAAAUGAAAGAAUUAAGAGCUCAUUUGAAUGAUGCUAUUAAAACUGUAACAGAAGUAGCAACAUUGAAUGCCGCCAAUAGUAAAGCACUCACAGCAGGCAGAGAUGCCAUUAACAGAAUUACUGUUGAAUUUGAAGAAAUCAAUCAAAUAAUUGGUGAUGCACAGAAUGUGUUAAAUGGAGGUGGUAUUGAUGAACCUGGUGUGUUGGACAGCGAUGCUUUACUGGAAGCUAUUGAUCAACUUCAACCUGUUUAUGAUGCUUAUGUUGUGGGAUUAGAAGGAAUGGAGGAACUUGUCAAUAUGUCUAUUGAAAAAGCUAACAUGUUGAAGAAUGAUGCUGAUAUGCUUUCACAACUAGUUGAAGAAACAAAGAAUGAUCCUCGUAAUGUUAGAGCAGUCGAAGCUGCAAACAGAUAUCAGAAUAUUAUCAAUGUUAUGGAAAAUGCACGAGAGGCAGCUGACAAGGCAGAUUUGGAUGCUACAGAAGCAAGAGACGAUGUAGCUGAAAAGAAUUUAGGUAAAGCAGCUGAUGAAGCAAAUGUUGCCAGUGGGAAACUUCUCAAUGAAGUACAAGAUAUUCUCAAUACCAAAAUUGGUGACCUUCAGAAUGAUCUUAAUGCUGCCAAGAAGAGUUCUCAGGAAAUGGAUUCUUUGGCAAAAGAUCUCUCUAAAAGAAUGGAAGCAGUGAAAGAUGGUGCUACUACUUUAGAUCAUGGUGAUAUUGAUGCCAAAAUACAAAAGACAAAAGAAGAUGCAGCAGCAGCUUCAGAUAUUGCUGAUGAUGCUUUGAGAGCAGCACAACAAUUACAAGACAAGAUUGACCAAGCUCCUGAUCCAAAUAUUCCACUUAAUCAAGAGCUAACUGAUGUUCAAGACAUAUUGGCUGAUCUACCCGACCAAAUUGCUGAUAUGAACGCACAAGUGGAAGAGCUUAAUCGACGUGCUGCUAGAAUCGCUUUACUUCCUAAAGAUCUUGCAUUGGAUGAAAAAAUAGGUGAAAUAAGAAAGAAGAUUGAAUUGUCAAGAAGCCGUGCUGACAACGUCAAGGUAUCAAUGCAAUUCAAGCAUGUACCUCUUGCUGCUGCAGAUGCCAAGCCUGAAUAUGCACAAGUUCACAUCCCACCACAGUCAUUUGAUCUCAGUGACAACAUCAAGAUUGAAAUGUACGUCAACAUCUCAAAAUCACCAGACAAUUCUCUCUUAUACUUAGGAGAUGCUUCAACUGCUUCUGGGGAUUACAUCGCUUUGGAAACUAUUGGAGGCAAAGUACACUAUUAUUAUAAAGUUGGAUCUGGUGUUGGUGAAAUUAUUGGUACACAUCCAGCAAUCAAUGAUGAAACGUGGCAUCGUAUUGUCAUCGAAAGAAAUGGAAAUGAUGCAUCACUGGAAGUAUUUUACCCUAAUCCUACAGAAGGGCGUGGAGACUUGUUUAAUUCUGGUGCCAUAACUAGUAAAGUCCAGACUGGAAAAACAGAUGCAGCUGAAAUAGAAUCGUCUCUACCAAGGGAGACAACGCCAUUUGUUGUUGGUGGUUUGCCACCCAUGCCGCUACCAGGAAAAAUACAAAACAAUCAAAUGACUGGAUGUAUUGAGGGUGUUAAAGUUAAUGACGAAAGUGUUGGACUCUGGAAUUUUGUUUCAUACAAUGGUCCAAAGCCUGGUCAAACCUGUGCUGGAGAAGGACGCAAAUCACCACUCAGCGUUUCAACUAGCAAUAGAUAUUGGCGUUUCCGAGGUGUUGACAGUUACAUUCGAGCAAGUGAAACACAACUUCGCCAACUAAAUUCCUAUGCAGAUACUACUGGAAUCAGCUUUGUUAGCUUCAAAUUUUUGACUAAACAACAUGAUGGCCUGCUUCUUUUCGUCGGACAGAGCGUGGAUCAAUUCUUUGCUUUGGAAAUUAGAGAUGGUAAAUUGCAUUUGUCUUGCAAUUUUGGUUGGGAUGAACCUAAAGAAGGAGUCAGCACUGACACAUACCCAGAUGUAUCCACCAUUGCACAAGCUUUCAACGUGAAGAUCGGAAUAGUUAAUGUUGGCAGAAACGUAAAGAUGAUUGCUUUGGUCCUCAACACUGAGCUCAGCAUAAACAUGACUUUCACGGAUUGGUCACCAAAUAUUCAAGGCGAUGUCUGGUUUGGCGGAAUUCAUAGAAAUGACAUCAAACAAGAAUUUAGUCAAUAUGUAAAGAACAUCAAUACAAACUACCGCGGAUGCAUCAGAGACUUAUCUUUCCAUAGAAGAUAUACUUUCAAUAUUUACGAAGCUUACGAAAGAAUCGGAGUCACCCCUGGAUGUGAUGGAGAUGACAUUCCGCCCAUUGACGCCAAAGAUGAGGGGUUUAUUAGCAUAGCAGACAAUUAUCCCAAUGUUGAAAAUAUGGAAGGACUAGCAAGAGAACCUGAACCUACUCCAUCGGCAGCAACUGUAGUACCAGAUAUUGUGCCACCAGAUGAGGGUGUGGAGGAACCAGUGGUUGAAACUGAAGAAGUAAGACCGCCGCGUACUUUCGAUAUAGAAGAUGCACGUCUCAUCUAUGUACCUGAUGAUCCUGAUGAAGCGGUUUUAAAAUCUGAUGGAAAACUUGAUGAUACGGAUACAGGACUGAUGGAUAAGAAUGCAGAUGUUAGCAGUAAAGAAGUUGGUAAUCUCGAUGAUUCAAUGAUAAAUUCUGAAAAACCAGUUGCCAACGAUAAACCAAAUGAGAAAGUAUCGAUAGACAUACUUAAAGAAACAGUUGUUGUUGAUCCACCACUUGAAGAUCCAAAACUGAAAAUCAAAGAAGAAAAUGUCGAGAUUGUUCUGGAAGAAGAAACUGGCAUGGGUGAUGAAGUAAUUGAUAUCAAAGAAGUUGAUAUAGAAAUGGAAAAUUCGAAAGAGGUUGUUGGUGAAACUUUAAAGAACGUAAAUGAACAAAUAGGGAGCAACGCUGACAUAGAAUCGGACGACACUGAAACAGCUGAUGAACCUAUAUCAGUCGAAGAUGAUGCACCUGGAGAACUAAAAGCAGAGGCUUAUGGUGAUCCAAAAGAAGAGGCUCAAAAUUUUGCUGAAGAUGAUGUGGCAUCCUCCAGUGUUGUACCAGCCAUUCUCAUCAUUAUUGGAGUUAUUGUAGGCGUGGUUCUUUUUGCUGCCGUUGUGUCUGCGGUCAUGAAAGGGGGCUUGUUUGCAGGUGGGGCCGGCUCGGUUCCAGCAAAUCCACCUCCUCCACCAAUGGAACAAGCACCUCUAAAUGAUGUGCAAGCUCAGCGCGUUGCUCAAAUGGAUUGGUAAUUGAUCCAUGAUAUUGUGAAAUGUAAAUACUUUGUAUGAUACUAUAUGUAUGUGUUUUGUACUUGAGCACGCUUUUUGUGAUUAAAUAUGAUGGCUGAUAAUAAUUUACCUACGAACGCUAGGCGUCUUAAUGUUGUAUUGUGAACCGUUCCCACAUGUGACACAUUUUAAUUAACUAGGGAUAUGUUUUUUUAACAGUUUGUUAUGGUUUACAGUAUGUUUGAUCAGUUGGCCCUGCGAUGAUAUCUUUCGUUGUCAGUGAUUUCUAAUAAACCCAAUCUCAAUACUA